AUGUCCUCCUCCAGGGUCCUCGACUGGCCCGCCGGUUUCGCCACGCAGGUCACCCUCGGCCCCACGACAUCCGGAAUAGCGGAGGAGUACGAGCUAGUGUUCGCGCGCCGAGCCCUUUCCAAGAUCAAGGCCCGGCUUGGCCUGGAAGCUACCGAGCGACUCCUGCAACCCGACAUUGACGAAUCCAACGCCUUCUGGCGGCAAGUGCUGGCUGACAACCCCACCAACGAAUUCCGGCCCGCCCGCGUCGAACUAGCCAUCAACGGGCUGUCCAUGGACGAGUUCCUGGGCUGGUUCCGUGAACGGUGCCAAAAUCGCGUGCCCUGGAUGCUGGCGGCCCAGCCCGAGCACUGGGUCGUGGUGUCGCCUGCUGCUGCUGCUAACGCUAAUGCUGAUGGUGGCAGCAGCCCCGGCUACCACGAAAAAGUCAACGAGAACCUGGGACCGUGGAUCUCGCGCUUCUUCAUCACCUUCGCCCCGCCCUCCCACGCGUGUCAGCUCGGCGAGCUCGACGCCGAAGCGUACCCGCUCCAGAUGACUGGAUACGGCCGUACGGACGGCGGCCAGAUCAACGGCUACGUGCUCCACCAGUUCCGGCCCCAUGCCAACAGCGUGGGCUUCGACGCCAACCUCUGCAUCCACUUUCCUGCCCCGGCGCCGGAGGUGCUCUUCGAGCAGCACCGGCAGCACCUCGUGGUUGAGUUCACCAACCGGGCGCGACACUGCUAUCGGGAUACCAAGGUGGAGACUUUUUGA